AUGAAGUUUGGCAAGACCUAUUUGAGCCAUCAGAUUCCAGAAUGGUCGAUCUACUAUAUGAACUACAAGCAUCUCAAGAAGAUCAUCAAGUCGAUAGACGCUAUCAAGGGCUCGGAGUACGAAGUUGAAGACGGAGAAAAGCUUUUGGAAUACAUCAGAGACAAGCUAGGUUUGUUCUUUUUCGAAAUUGACCGGAAUAUUGAAAGCGUUGACGAGUUUUACAAUGCCAAAUUUAAGGAGUACGAGCGGAGGUUGCACAAGAUUGUUGACGUUUUGGGGUACAAGGACAGCUUGGUGACCCACAAGGUUGAGAGCAAAGAAGAGUUGGAUGAAGUCAUCAGUAUAUUGAUUGAAUUGCGAUCUCUCUUUAGAAACCUCAAGUGGUUUGGAGAGUUGAACCAUCGCGGCUUCAUCAAGAUUCUAAAAAAGUUGGAUAAGAAAUUGACCUCGAUUUUGAAUGAAGACGGCACCGCUGGCGGUCAGGAAUUGUCAAAUACCAACAAGGAGGCAUAUUUGAACACGAGGAUAGAUGCGUUGCCGUUUUCGCAUGAAGCUGAAGUUGCCAGCAAUUUGGAUACCAUUCAUAGGAUAUUGUUGCAGUUGGGUAGUUUGGGACUACCGGAUGAAACCAUCAAGUUGGAGCACUUGCAUCUCGAUGACCUAUCGGGUGAAACGUACAAGCAAAUUUUCGCCAGUGAUGAUGCAGAAGCCUUGGCGAAGCAUUUUCUUGUGGAGGGCAAGUCUGACAAAUUCACAAUCUCGCUUUUAACCAAGGCUGCUCUAGCAAAUGCCACGAGAUGCAUUGAUGUCAUCUGGGAACAUCUCAGCAGCUUAUUCGACGAAAAGGACAUCAAUGGUAGAAACUUUUUCCACCAGUGCAUCAUUGGUUUGGGCAAGGAGCAGUUUAUUAGAGAAGAACAAGUCAAACCUGGGGAUUCGCCAAAUUGGUUAAUUGGGAGUAAGAACGGCGCUGAUAACAACAACAUCAACAACACCGGUGGAUUGCUUUACGUUUUAAACAAGUUGCAAGAUAAGCCAUUGCUCAUUGCCAAGGACCAUUACCAUCGAACACCGUUGCAUUAUGCUGCCCAGUAUGGGUUGGUGCAAGCAACCAACAUUUUGCUUGACCACUAUGGGAAGUGGGAGCUCAUUGACAAGUCCCAGUCCAUCGACAAUAUCGAAAUCUGGGGAGACCAAGAAGGGUUUUCACCCUUGCACCUUUCCAUCAUUGGCAAGCACCCAAAAACCACCGAGGUGUUGACCCGGUUCAAUAGCCCCAAUCCGUUGAGAUGCCCCGAUCUUUUGUUGUUGGCGGUUCGUUUGAACUCGAAUAGAAUCUUGAGCUCGUUGAUCAAUGAUGGCAACAUCGACAUCAACUACACGGACUCAAAACACCGCCACGAAACUGCCUUGUACAUUGCCUCCAAGAUGAACUUGCCCGACUUGGUGGAGUUUUUGUUGGAGUCAAACGCAGAUACGCUGAUUGGUGAACGGGUGUUUGGAUGGACUCCGAUUUUCAUUGCCGCUUGCGAAGGCUACGAAACCAUUGUCAAGCUCUUGAAGGAGUUUGAUGCAAACUAUGACAUUGUAGAUGAUAGUGGGUGGUUACCCAUGGAACACGCGUGUCUUCGAGGUCACUUGAAAGUUGCCGAUUUAUUGAAACCAAAGAAUGAAAAGCUUUUGCUUUAUGACACCUAUCACCCGGAGAAUAAUGUUCCUCGAGUGCCCAGUGAAGCAGCUAGCCCCGCGAUGAUGGCUGUCAACAAUGACGAAGAAGUUGAAGAUGUGAGAGCAAGCAGUGUUGACAAGUUGCCCCAGGCCCACAAGCAAGCAGUUAAUGAAUUUUAUAAGCAAUUGAAAAACUCAUCAAAUAGCAAUGUCUCGCGUUCUGUAUCACCAAAGAGGAGGAGAAAAAGCCAUAAGCCGAUCAAAUCAUUUGGUCACAGAUAUUUGAAUGAGAAUGAGAGUUUGAUUUUAAUCACUUUGGGCACCACGGAUUUGAGAGAUAGCAGCGUUCCGGUUGAGUUGAAUAAAGUCUCCUUGGCGCAUAGUUUUGCCACCGAGUUGGACACUGCUUUGUCAUUAUCGAUUACAUGUCGUGACAAGGUGACUAACCAAGCAGUUGAACCACCCGUAGUUGUUGACUUGCCAUUGGAAGAUUACCAUGGCAGUGCAACUGACCCCAUCAGUUUCAAAUUAACCAAUAAUUUGUCCCUUGAUGAUAUCAUCAUCACUUUUGAUUUAAUCCCCACUUAUCAAGUCAACAAAAAAGUCUUGGGAAGAGCCAUUGCUCUUUUGAACAAAGUCUAUACCAAAGUUGGUCCACAUCUCCGGUCUUUAAACAAUAGCAUCACUGUGCCGCUCAUUGAGUCUAAAAACUUGGAUAUACUUGGAUUGAUAAGGUUUGAGUAUCUACAAGUUUUACCUUUCAAGCACCAUGCAAUGAGCAUUGCUCGUUCGGACACGUAUUGGAAGCAAUUGGUAUCCACGAGAGUCAUUGGCCAUCGUGGAUUAGGUAAAAAUGAAAGUGGCCGGCAAUCUUUGCAAUUGGGUGAGAAUACCGUGGAGUCGUUCAUUGCCGCUGCUUCACUUGGUGCUUCGUAUGUCGAGUUUGAUGUCCAGUUGACCAAGGAUUUUGUUCCUGUGGUAUACCAUGAUUUCACCGUGGCCGAAUCUGGUGUAGAUAUCCCCAUGCACUUGUUAACGUUGGAGCAGUUUCUUGGUUUGAACAAGACCCAGGAGAAAUCAAAUCACUCGAUGGAUGAUGAAGUUUUGGUUCGGUCCAAGCCUCGAGCCAAGUCGUCUUAUCAAUUGAAUGGCAAUGGCAACCAGUUCCACCAUGACGAUUUAGUCGAUCGGCAAUUUGAAAGCCAGAUCAAUGAGCGUAUGAAGUUGACUCAAACGUGGAAGAAUAAACAGUACAAGGGAAAUGCACGCGGAACGUCGAUUGCAUCCAAUUUCGUUACCCUCAAGGAUUUGUUUAAGAAAUUGCCGUCAAAUGUCGGGUUCAAUAUCGAGUUAAAGUAUCCCAUGUUGGAUGAAGCGCAGCAGGAAAGCAUGGGCGAGCUUGCUAUUGACAUGAACUUGUACUUGGACACGAUUUUAAAAGUCGUUUACGAUGAAAACUCCCACGGCCGUCACAUUGUUUUCUCCUCCUUCCAUCCAGAUGUCUGCUUGCUUCUUUCGUUGAAACAACCAACAAUGCCCAUCUUGUAUCUCACCGAAGCCGGCUCGGCUCCAAUGGCAGAUAUCCGUGCAUCGUCGUUGCAAAAUGCUAUCCGGUUUGCCAAAAAAUGGAAUUUGUUGGGUAUAGUUUCCGCUGCCGAGACAUUGGUGAAAACUCCACGGUUGGCCCAAGUUGUCAAACUGUCGGGUUUGGUUUGCGUUACAUAUGGUGUUGAAAAUAACGAUACCGAGUUGGCUAAAUUGCAAAUGAGAGCAGGCGUUGAUGCCGUUAUCGUUGAUAGUGUCCUUGCCGUGAGAGAAGGAUUGAGAGAGCAAAAUGAUUCAAUGAAGGAAUUUGAAGAUUCCGGAAGUGAUUAA